ACUAAAUAAAAGACUACUGUGUUUUAUUUACUCACCAUUGUAUCCCAGAAUCCAUACCCAACAGUCGGUACCAGAGCUGUUGCCCAAAAUCUGUAUCAACAGUCACCACCUCCUGACUGCAGAUUGAGUUGUCUGGUUGGCUUGCUUGAACACCAUUUCAUCUCAAUCCAUGGCAACCAUUAGCUUGAAGGCAUCCGUGGACAAGAAGAGCAACAGAGUUGUAUUUGUUGAAUCUGACGAGUUCUUUGUUGACAUCCUUUUCAGUUUUUUGACAAUGCCCAUGGGAACAAUCACCCAUCUCAUCAGUAAUCUUUCACCGAAAAAUGGGAUUGGUUGCAUCAACAACUUAUAUAAAAGUGUUGAAAAUAUAGAUGUUAAGUAUUUCCGGACUGAAGCAUGCAAGGACAUGUUGCUACAUCCUCAUAACGCCGCUGCAGCUUAUUGUAAGAGCCUAAAACUGAAAAUUGAUGACGCUGAUACUUUAAGUUUCUUUUGUUGCGAGAAUUCCGUUUGUUCUCAUUCUCGAUACAAGUUGUGGAGUCAUUACAAAAAUAUUUAUUGUGGUUGUGGACGUCCCAUGAGCCGUAUUUUGAAUCUACCAUGCCCAGCUCCAUCCAAUAGUGGAUCUGACGAAAGAAAUCGAGGAGUGUUUGUUAAAGGACUGGCCCCAUUUGUUGUAAGUGAUUAUUUUCAAGUGAUGCCAGCAUCAAUUUCAGCAAGCAUUUCUCUUCUUACAAAGCUUGGAGUCAUGGAUACAAGUAACAUCGAGGAGAGGAUUUUUGACAUUGGAGUAACAGAGGUCUUGGAAUUGCUGCAGUGCUCAUUGGUAUCAAGGACACCUCUAACCGAAGUUUUGCUUGCUCGUAAGGAAGUUCCGGAGUUAAGAAAUAAAGGUUCCCUUCAAAGAACCUCUCUUAUGCAUGAAAUACUAGAGCAUCAAUCAAAAAGAAAUGGUGAGACGUUUGUUAGGCUUGUGGUCUGCAAAUCCAAGAAAGUGGUAUGUUACGCAGAAGCGUCAAAAGAUUUCGUUGAUUUACUUUUUAGUUUUCUCACCAUUCCACUUGGGUAUUUGAUGAAUAAAAAGCAUGGUGGACAAUCAAAAGGAAGCAUCCACCACCUAUAUGACAGUGUCAUUGAUCUCGAUGCUAUGAAAUACCUCAAGUCAAAUGACAUUAAAGAGAUUCUUCUAAAUCCUAAGAUUGCACCUGGUUCUGGCUAUAAGAACCAGCCACUAGGCGUUAAGGAAGCUGUUGAUAACCAGCAGUACUACCUUGAUCGGAAUGUAAUAAGAACUGAAAGCAAAAAUCCUCAAGGUUCUACACUCCCACUUUUAACUAUAAUGGAUCCCAAAUCACCCUUCAAAGAGGGCACAGAAGGUGAUGGGUUUUUGCUAGAUCCUGCAAUGUUCACAGUAAGUGACGAUCUUGUUGUUACACCAAUAUCGCCUGUCUCAGAACUAUCUUUACUGGAAAAAUUGAAGAUACCUUUUAAUGACAUCUAUGUCACAGAGGUUCAAGUUGGCAAAGAAGAGGCUUCCCGUCUCUUCGCAGCUUCUUUUAUAUCUGAAUCUGCUCUUACUGAUACCUUCAUACGUAAGAUGCCAAAAGAUGCCUUCAUUUCCGAUGUUCUGAAAAAAUAAUCUUGAGGACAUCUGUGUGCUUAAUUGAUCAAGUAUGUUUUCUGGUCAUCUUGAACCUGGUUUUUUAUUAUCGUCUUCGAUAGUCUGUCAUGUUUAGGAGUAUCAUUGAUUCUCGAGUCUUUUAUGUAAUUCGAAAUAUUAAGGUACUGCUUUCGCUUCAUAAUACCUAAACUAUAGUUGUUCUCUUUUGACUCGCUACUUGGUCGUAUAAUUGCCUGGAAACACAAUUUAGAAA